AUGCUGAUCAAAGAGUAUAGGAUCCCUCUGCCACUUACAGUGGAGGAGUAUCGCAUUGCGCAGUUGUACAUGAUAGCCAAGAAGAGUAGACAAGAGAGCUCAGGUGAAGGCAGUGGCGUUGAAAUUCUAGUCAACGAGCCAUAUGAAGAUGGGCCUGGAGGUAAAGGUCAGUACACUCAAAAAAUAUACCAUGUUGGUAGUCACCUGCCAGGUUGGUUUAAAAGUUUGCUUCCAAAAUCUGCCCUAACAGUAUCUGAAGAAGCCUGGAAUGCAUACCCAUACACAAAAACAAGGUACACUUGCCCAUUUGUUGAGAAAUUUUCCUUAGAAAUAGAAACAUAUUAUUAUGGUGAUAAUGGUCACCAAGAAAAUGUUUUCAAGCUGACUGGCAGUGAUUUGAAAAAUAGAGUAGUCGAUGUAAUUGAUGUUGUCAAGGAUCAACUGUACGGUGCCGACUAUUUUAAAGAAGAAGAUCCAAAACUAUUUGUUUCCCAAAAAUGUAACAGAGGACCACUCUCUGACAAUUGGUUAGAGGAAUAUUGGCGAGAAGUUCAAGGGAAACCACAACCUUUACCUAAUGGGAAAUCUCUAAUGUGCGCCUAUAAACUUUGUAGAGUAGAGUUCAGGUACUGGGGUAUGCAAACAAAGUUAGAAAAGUUCAUUCAUGACGUUGCUCUUAGAAAAACAAUGUUGAGAGCUCACAGGCAAGCCUGGGCGUGGCAAGAUGAGUGGUAUGGCUUAACCAUGGAAGAUAUAAGAGAAAUUGAAAGACAAACUCAACUGGCACUGCAGAAAAAAAUGGCUGGAGAUACAAGUGAUGAACAGGACUUGUCUGAAGAAAAUUCCAAGUCACUUGCUGCAACAAUGAUCAGUUUAGAGAAGAAUGAAGAUGUACCAACACCCAUUAGUGCAAAGAAAAACAAUGCUGAAAAAAGAAUCCAAAAACAUUUAACUCCUGAAGGCACACCACCAUCUGAACAUAAAAGUUCAUCUAAAUCAAAUUUAAGAUCAUCUUCCUCAGGUUCUAUUAAAAGUUUACAACAACAAAUGGCGAAUUGGCGAAUGGAAACUCUUGUUAGAGAGUCUGAAACUGAAACAGGGUCUGAAGAUGAGUUUUAUGAUUGUGAAUCUUCAUUGAAUAAGUGGUCUUCAAUGUGUUCUCUUGAUGAAGCAGACAUUGACAUAUCUCCUACGCAAGGUGAACAGAAUCAAGAGGACAGUAUAUUUAAUCCAUCCUUCUUGAAGAGGGUUACAUCUGAGAGAGGGUCGCGAAGAAUAGGUAGUCUACAAAGCCAUCAAAGUAUAGAUGGUUGUCCUGAAACACCAGUUCAUAGUUCUUGUCCAACAACUGUGUUAAUCCUUGUGUUCCAUGCCGGAAGUGUCUUAGAUGCCAAUGUGGAUAUGACUGCAAAAAAAUCGGAUGUUACAACGUUUAAAGGCGCCUUUGAAUCAGUAAUGCGUCAACAUUAUCCAACACUCGUCGGACAUAUUGCAAUAAAAUUAGUUUCAUGUCCAUCUAUUUGCACAGAAGCUCUUGGAGUGCUUUCUACACUCAGCCCUUAUAGUUUCGAUUGUUCACCAUCUACAGCAGAAAAUCCAUCUCUUACCAAUGAUAUUAUACCGAUAGGUGCGAUUCCUCUUUUAUCCACUUCAUUUCCUGAUUAUGUUGACUCUGUGACAAAAACCAUACAUUCGGCAAAUGCAGUCUUUAAUGAAUUUUUGAAAACGGAAGAUGGAAAAGGAUUUAAUGGCCAAGUCUGCUUCGUGGGGGAUAGUAUCGGUUCAGUUCUGGCUUACGAUUCUUUGUGUCGCACUUCUCAGUAUCAAUCACGUCAUGACAGUGAAAAUAGUAUUCUCGACACAGAAAUCACUAUUCCUAAUGACCCAACGGAACAUUAUUUAAACAAAUCGCAUUUACAAGCACCAACGCCCCGCAGACGAUCGUCUUCCACCAGUGAAAACCACGUCAAAUUUGAAUUUGAAGUUAGUGAUUUCUUUACUUUUGGCAGUCCUUUGUCUCUAAUUUUAGCUUCAAGAAAAAUGUCAGACGAAAAAUGUCGCGAUAUUCCUAAACCACCUGUUCAACAGGUUUACAAUUUAUUCCACCCCACCGACCCUGUCGCUUCUAGAUUAGAGCCUCUGUUAUCAGCUAGGUUUACAAAUUUGCCACCAAUAAAUGUUGCUAGAUAUGCCAAGUAUCCGUUGGGUAAUGGACAACCUUAUCAUUUGAUGGAGUUAAUUCAAAGCCACCCCCAGUUAUUUGGAGAUCAACUGCAAAUGCCACCAACACCUGUAUUGCGGAGACUUUCGGAAGCAUCAGUCCAAAGUACUGUAAGCGGUUUAGUAGACAACAUCCCUCUCAUAACAAUGAACGCAUUACAGCAAAAGUGGUGGGGCUCAAAAAGGCUCGAUUAUGCGCUUUACUGUCCUGAAGGUUUGACUAAUUUCCCCACAAAUGCCUUACCACAUUUAUUCCACGCUAGUUAUUGGGAAAGCUCAGAUGUUAUAGCGUUUAUUUUGAGGCAAGUCGGUCAUUUCGAUUUAGCUCUUUACGGUCAUGCGGAAGACAAAGAAUGUCCAAUAUUCAAGCCUGGCCAAGAGAGAGAAAAAUGGAUGAGAAAGAGAACUUCUGUAAAGUUAAAAAAUGUUGCUGCUAAUCAUAGAGCAAAUGAUGUUGUUGUGAAAGAAGGCUGUCCGCAAACAUUUGUUGCCCGUUUUAUGUAUGGACCUUUAGAUAUGAUAACUUUAACGGGUGAAAAAGUGGAUGUGUACAUGAUGAAAGAUCCUCCAGCAGGUGAAUGGACAUUGUUGGCAACUGCUGUUACGGAUAAACAUGGUCGAAUUUCUUACACAUUGACUGAGAAACAGAGCGUAGGCUGUGGCAUUUAUCCAAUGAGAGCUGUUGUAAGAGGAGAUCACACAAGUUGCAGUUUCCAUCUAGCCGUCGUUCCUCCACAAACCGAAUGUGUUGUGUUUAGCAUUGAUGGUUCCUUUACCGCCAGCGUAUCUGUUACAGGAAGAGACCCAAAAGUGCGGGCAUGUGCAGUUGAUGUUGUACGUUUUUGGCAAGAUUUGGGAUAUCUUAUCCUUUACAUAACUGGGAGGCCGGAUAUGCAGCAAAGAAAAGUGAUAUCGUGGUUAGCAGAACACAAUUUUCCUCAUGGUCUAGUGUUCUUUUCUGACGGAUUCUCAACGGAUCCAUUGGGUCACAAAGCAGCGCAUUUGAAUAAUCUUAUUACUGAGCAUGGCGUUGCCCUUCACGCUGCUUACGGUUCCGGAAAAGAUAUAAGUGUAUAUCACAAUUGUGGUUUGUCACCGAAACAAAUUUAUGCCAUUGGUCGUAUAAGUAAAAAAUAUAACAGCUUGGCCACGACUUUAGAUGGGUAUGCUUCCCAUUUAGCGGAUUUGAAGCAACCCGGUGCAGUCAGGCCAGCUAGAGGCAAUGCACGUCUUUUAGUUCCUCGGCGACUUUUAGCCACCGUUACCACCACUUCUGGCUCUCGCCAUCGUCGCUAAAUUAACAUUUUAUUCUCAUUUGCGAAUGUACCUAUCUCUUCGUAGCUUCUAUGUCUUUAAGACUGGUAGUUUUAUGUAUAAGAAUUCAAUUUGUUUGUACUUUUCUUUGUGAAGAACACUAUCUAUUUACCUACCCUUUGAAAAGAAUAAUCACCUGUCUCAAGUUAUAGAUAAUAUAGUUUGCAUUAACUUUUUCAUUAGAAUAAAUAUGAGUUUAUGAUAAAGAAUAAGUAGAAAUUGUAUUCGAUUCGAUGGAUUUGGGAAAUCCAUUAGAAUCUUCAUGAACAAAAUAAUCUGCGUGAUUGUCACCAGAACCUUAAUGACCGUUUACUAGUUAAGUUUUUACUAAACGUUUACUGCUUAAGAGCUCUUGUAAUUCUUUUCCUAAAUAAAGGAAAAUAAAAGAUGUAUUAAACACAUCCAUCUAUUGCACUGUAUUCAGUGAGAGGCAAAAUCUCUGAGCAUAGUAAUAUAUUAUCUACAUUUUAUCUCAUUUAAUUUUCCUGUCUCAAGUACAA